AGGUCUUGCUGUCUGUAGUCUGGAUCUGGUCAUCUUCUCUGGAAAAGUAAAGAGCCCCAGCACAUGAGGAGAAAGGAGACAGUAGCCACACACUCAGCUGUGAUUUCUCCACGAGUCUCUUCUGACAAAGAAAUCUAGAGGACAAGGUGAACGACGAAGAAAUGGCCAGUUCUCAGGGACUGCUGACAUUCAGGGAUGUGGCCAUAGAAUUCUCUCAGGAGGAGUGGGGAUUCCUGAACCACACUCAGCGGGAACUGUACAGGGAUGUGAUGUUAGAGAACUACGGACACCUCCUCUUCUUGGGUCUUAUUGUGUGGAAGCCAGACCUGGUCAUCUUUUUGGAGCAAGAGAAGCAACUCUGGGAUGUGAGGAGAAAGGAAACAGUAGCCUUCCAUCCAGGGAAGGUCAUCCUCACCAGGGCACUACUUCCUCCAUCACUGACCAGCACUCUGUCAUGGCUGCCACUCUAAGUACAGAGAUACAACUGUAGCACAGGUGGACAUGUUUGUGAAUGGCUCUUGUUCUCAGAACUGUUUCCCAGCAUAUGACAGAAAGGCAAUCACACUUUUCCUUGAAACCAUGUGUUAGAGAAAUACCUCAAAAUUUACAGUAUCCUUAUCCUUAAUGCCCAGGUGUUUUAUUCUGCGUGUUAAUGGCGUGCUGAUGAGGAGCUGCUUAAGCCACAAUUACUUAUGGUUUUAGGGUAAAAGUCAUCAAAUACAGCAUUAUAGUGAGAAUGCUCUCUUCAAUCCCAUUUUAAUAUACAACAUGUAUUAAUGUCUUGAUGCUUUUCAUAACUUACUUGAUAAAAUAUUUACGUGCGUUCCGAAUCACUUUAAUUUGGAUUGUUUUCAUUUAGGAAUGUGAACAAAAGUAUAUUUGGGGUGACCCCAGGAAGCUCAAGGAAGGUAUUGAGAGAAGCGACAGGUGGAAGAGGAGGAAGCUGAGAUAGACUCUGUUAGCUUCAGAUUCAUUUAUGAAUAAAGAAAAUGUGUGUUGUGUGUGUUGUGUUUGUGUGACACAACAGUAACAUGACCACAGGCUUGGAGGGUUUCUGAGAGGGACUUCUGUGUGGAUGACUCAAGAUUGACCUGUGACUUAGUACCUGCAGAGGUUGUCAAAUUUAGCCUGAGUCAGGUACUAGGAGCACUUGUGAAUACUGGAUUUCUGUGCCUGUCCCCACACUAACCAUGUCAGUGGUUCUGAGGUUCAGCCCCCAAAUUUCCUUUCCUGUGUGUUCUCAGGUGCCUGUCUAGGUAACAUGUUGGGGACCCAUGUCUGGGGACACAAUUGUAGUUGUGUUCUUCAGGAAGGGUAUUGGCCUAUUGCAAAGGCUGUCGGAUACACAGGUAUGUAGUCAUGGUUUUCCAGGUGUGAAUAUGGACUCUUGGGUGCUGGGCCUUUCCUUUGUUUUUGUCUUGGAUACCUGAUCUGUGUUUCUGGUUCUUUGUACUCACAUGAAAGCUAUUCAGUUUACUUGUGUUUGGUUUGGGCUGGAAUUUUCACUCUGAAGUGUCAUGGAGGCCUUUGUGUGUGAGGACUUUUCAGUGAAUCAUUGAGGGACAAAAAGGAGAAAGAAUCCAAGCACAGUCACCUUCUGGAAGGGCAUCUGACCUGCCUACCUCAUGUUGAUGGGUGGAGUGUCCAUGUUGCAACCCUGACUCUACCAAUAUUGAGAUGAUCACAACACCUUCUUUUAACUUAACUAUUUUUGUCAAAAAGAGGAGAAUAAUAUUAGCAAUAAUACACAGAACCAAGAACAUUAAAUACGUGACAAUUUAUAGAGCACUAAUAACCAUGGGACAUACAUUGUAUGUUCACAGAGGGCAGACAUGUGUCCAUUGGGAACUGCAGGCUCCUGAGUGUUUUCCAAGCCAAUGCUGGCAAGUCCCUGGUCGAGUGGUUCCACGGGUUACAUUCAAACAUGUGGCAGGACUGUAGGCCGUUCUCUGCUUCUGGGCAGUACCACAGGCUAGGCUCUGAGUCUAGUUUACUGUCCUAGUCCAGUUCACUGUUCAAGCUCCCUGCUCCGGCAGAGAGAGGUUAUGCUCAACACUUGGGCAAUGCCACUGGCUUGGCGCUCUCCCUAGUAGGUCUAUGAGCUAGGCUCUGCGGUUGCCCAGGGCCUUUGUUCAGGAUUGCUGGUGGGGGGACUAGAGGCUAUGCUCAGCAGUGGAAAAUGACUUCCAGUUUGCAUACUUGCUCAAAUAGAGCCCCCUAGAAUGGCCUCCAUGCUCUAGUUCACCCCGUUGACUGGAGACCUAAGUCAGGUACAGCUGCUGACGAAUCUUCUUAAGCAGGUGGGUUCAUCUCUGUUCUGUAAGUGGACAGAGACUGUGUGAUCUCUGAUUGGAUGUGACUGCAAGGAGGACUACAGUCUGGUCUGUCAGUGUUCCAGGAUCUGAGCACUCGUUGCUGUAAGCCCUGCCCACCUUGUCCAUGUCUCAGUGAUCACCAGUGGUCCACACCACCGAUUGCUCCAGGGAUCCCCAUGAGGUCAGACCUCAGUGGGCCUCCCAGGAAGCAGCUUGCCAUUUGGAGAAUGCUGGAUGCCCACUGCUUUCUUUUUCUUGGUGCAGGAAUUACAGGUCCAGGUGAUGAGCCAUGGUAGGGCACUGUGCCGGCCUGGGGGCCGUGGGGGGUCAGGUGCAUUGUGGUCAAUGUGAAAUUACCCCUUAAUUAACCUAAAUUAACCUCUUAACCCUUCUACUGCUGUGCUUGUUGAUCUCUGUGGUCCAGAAGGUGUUUUGGCCCCACCCCUGAGCACUGAGAUUUACCCGGUGACAUCUUAUGUGAAUAGUUGCUACUUGAGCUUAUUAUGAGAAGUACUGAAGUGGCCACUAUUUCAGCAUCUUUUUUCUUAUUUUUUAAGAGGAGGAGAGAGACAUGUGGGGAGGGACAGAGGGAGUGAGAGAAUCCCAAGCAGGCUCCAUUCCCUUCGUGGAGCUGGAUGUGGGGGCUCCAUCUCGCAACCCUAAGAUCAUGACUUGCGCUGAAAUCCGUGGUCAGACUGAGCCACCCAGGCGCGUCUGUUCUCACCAUCUUGGUGAUGUCAACCCUUUGUGAUGAUUUUUUAAUGUCUCGUGAGCUAAAAAUCUUCCCCUAUAUACCUGUAUUUAUAGAUCUAUAUUUUAUCUAUGUGUGUGUAAAAAUUUGCACACACAAAAAUAUAGAUUGUGUUUGUUAUCCUCUAGUCAAAAUAUUGAAAUGCUGUGUAUUUAGAUACUGAAGAAUAACACAGUAAGUAGCAGUGACAAAGCCCAUUAGUGUUAAGGAUUUUAAUAUAUGAUAUUUAUAUUGCCGUGUCAGUUUGGUUGGUUAUCACUGCAUGGGGUGUUUUUGUUUGUCUCUCUUUUUUUUUUUUUUUUUCUAGUUCUUUCCUCCUGUUUUCAGUAUGGCUUUAGGGAAAUUCCAGUGGAAUAUAUUCAAGCAAAGUUUGGUGUUACCAGGAACAUUUGGUUUAUUUAUGUUUAAUAUCCUAAUGGAGAUACUGGGGCUUCUAUUUACCAAGUUUUUAUGCUUAUCCUUACACCCUGUGUAUUUUUUUCAUGAUUUGUAUGCUGUGUUUUCCUGUGUGUAUUUUAAGGAAAUAAUUAUACAUUUCAUUCUUUUUCUGUAAACUUUGUAUACAUGGACUAUAUUGCUUUAGCUAGAAAUUAAAGCACACUUUUAAAAAAAAAGGCUUUUUAG